AUGGGUGACAAGCCAUCUGCUGCCUGUUUUCCUCGCUUCGGCGCCAGACAACUGAAAAUAUGUCCUCCAAGUGUAGCCGAGAGGUUGGCAGGCUUUCGGGCAAGUUGCCUUGAGUGGAGGCACACUGUGAAUGCUGAUAUCUGGUGGAUGUCACGUAGAAUGCAAUCUUUCCUGCUGGCUGGGAGCAAUUCGUUUGACUCGAACCGUUUUUAUUGUCAUUCUGUAUGUGGGUUUUUGCGCAAGUUAUUUCAUCCACCCGAACCGGGGCCAGCGGGGGCAGCAGAAGUACUGGCACAGCCGCCCGGGAAUUGCAAUAUUGCAUAA